GAAAUGGACGCACUGCAUCUCAUCCGACCGUCGGGCUGGCAACCGUCGUGCACGCAGCAAGACAGCCUCACAUGGAACCGGGACGGGUCAAAAGUGACACGAUUAGUGGCGACCACGAAAGGUAAAGUGAAAAAGCGAGUCUCUUUUAACCUCGACGCUCGAGUGGGUCGUCGCGAUGCAAUUCGUCUUCGUGUUCUGACGCUUGAUGUGUCCACCCCAACUUGUCCGGCGGCCACCAACUGCCGGAACGGCUACGCCGACGGCGUCUGCCAACCGGACUGCAGCAGCCCCGCUUGCGGACUGGACGGCGGCGACUGCGUCUCCGACGACCGGGUCGAGUCCGGCGCGGUGCCGAGUUCGAGACCCGCCCUCCUCCUCCUACUCCUCCUCGACCGGAGGCCGCGCGUCCGACUGCGAAUUGCUGUCGACAGUCUGGCAGCUUUUCGAGCCCUCGAAAGACAGCUUUUGGCGGGUUUAGCCCAGCUGACUCAACUAGUGGUACGAGUGGCACAAGCCGAUGACGGAGAGGCGACAAGUGAAGAGCGUGGCAGAUCUCGUGAAUCCGGGUCGCUUUUCAAUUCACUUGCCGGACCGGGGCUGGUUACUGCAGUCGACAUAAAUGUUGAGGCAAGUUGA